GUCGGCACGGGGGGAGCUCCUGCCGCGGGGCUGGGCUGGCAGGGGUUAAUGGGUGGCUCUUCCUCUUCCUCAUCCUCUAUAUGAGGCUGCUCCCGGCUCUGGGCUCAGUUUGCUGCGGUAGCCAGAGGGGCAGGAGCUGCCUGAGACUGGAGCAUCCCUGCAUCCCAUCCCUGCAUCCCAUCCCUGCAUCCCGUCCCUGCAUCCCGUUCUGCAUCCCUGCGUGGGCUCAGGGCUGAACCCAGGAGCCGAGCGCAGCUUCAGGAGCCUCCCCAGCGGGCAGAGCGGAGCUGCCCGGGCACUCCGGAGGGCACAGGGUGAUCGCAGCGCCCUGCCGGGGCCAUGGUGCCCUUGGGCAGCCCCACUCUGCGCCUCGUGGCCCCCGGGCGCGGCUCGCCUCUGGCCUGGCUGAACCGGGGCCCCGAGUGCUCGGGGGGCAGCGGGGGCCGCAGAGCCAGCGCCGUGGAGCGCCUGGAGGCCGACAAGGCCAAGUACGUGAAGUCGCAGCAGGUGAUCAGCCGGCGGCAGGAGCCGGCGCUGCGGGGCUCGCCCCGGGGGGGGGGGGGGGGGGGGGGGCUGCUCGCCCGGCAGCAGUGCGGGGAGCUGUGCCCGGGCUCGGAGCUCGGCCGGGAGGGCCCGCGGAAGCUGCCGUGCCCCCCGUCCCCCGUGUCGCGCCGCAGCGGCAGCAGGCGCCUGCUGAGACCCGACUCGCUCAUCAUCUACCGGCAGAAACGGGACUGCCUGGCCGGGGACAAGGAGAACAGCAAGGGCUCCGGGCUGGUGCGGCGCCUCUUCCAGGGACCCCUAUGGGACAGAGCGCCCAGCUCGCCCCCCGCCGGGGCGCUGGGCGAGGGGCCCAGAGCCCCCCCGAGCCCCGAGACGCCCAUGCUGUGGGCGCCUGCCGAGAAGGAGGAGGCGCGGACAGCGGGAGGUGACAGCGGUGGCAUCUUCGCCGUGCCCGGCAGCCCCGCGGAGCCGCGCCCCGGUGGCCCCGGCAAGGAGCCGCUGGCUCUGCGCGUGUCGCUGGCGGGCAAGGAGCCGCUGGCUCUGCGCGUGUCGCUGCCGCUGUCGGAGCAGGAGCGCUUCUUCAACUACUGCGGGCUGGACCGGGCGCUGGUGGAGCUGCUGGGCCGGGAGCGCUUCGGGCCGGCGGGCUGGGACAGCGCCUCGGCCCCGGCCCCCGGAUCCUGCGAGUCCGAGCCCGGGAGAGCCUCGGGGGGCAGCGAGGGGGGCGCGGGGCCGGGCGAGGAGGAGCCGGACUCCCGGCCGGGCUGCGCCGUCUCGGUGGUGGAACGCAACGCCCGUGUCAUCAAGUGGCUCUACGGCUGCCAGAGAGCCUGGGCGGCUGCCAAGGAGUCCACGGUGUGAGCGGGGACAGCCUGGCCCGCACCGGGACACUCGCCCUCGCUGGUGGCACCAACGGGAUGCCGCAGGCUGGGAGAACCGCCAGGUCCUCAGGCUGAGCGGGGUGGGGGCACCUGAGGGGCAGGUGAGGAAGGGACAGCCCCGGGUGAGUCUCUCCAUGGCCUCAGGGCUGCCGUGCCCCUGCUGUCACCCAUCUGUCCCCAGCCCAGGAGGGUGGGAUGGACCUGCAGCCCCCACUGACCCCCCGUGUCCUGCUCCAGCUGCAGGCUGAGGGUGGGCAGAGCCCGAGCCCCCCGUCGUGGGCAGUGCCCACCCCACAGCCCCCUCCUCCCCAGAACAGGAGCUGCUGGGGCCAGAGCUGCUCUCAAUAAAUCUG